AUGUAUUCCCACACUCUCCUCGCUGCUCUCGCCAUUGUCCCACUGGUGGCUGCCUCCAGCUCCCUUGGCUGCUUCUCCGCAGUCCCCAAUCUCAAAGAUGUGAAGCAGUACACAUUUCAAUCGCAGGCCUUCUGCCUAAACCAAUGUACUGAAGCUGGCUUCCACAUUGCCGCCUUGAAAGACGGCGUCACAUGCGGUUGUAGCAAUACCAUCCCGCUAUCAUCCGCCAUGGUUGAUGACGACAAAUGUGAUCAAUACUGCGCUGGUUGGCCUGAAGAUAAUUGUGGCGGUAUCAAUGUCUACACUGUCCUCACUACAGGCGAAUACCACGGAAGUUCCGACUCCAACUCCAAUUCCAACUCCACUAUCCCCAGAACGGGUCGCAAUAUUGUCGCUCCUACUGUGAAUCCUUCUUCCAUGCCGACCAGUAUUCUCACUGCCCCGUCUUCCAUGGGGACUAAGGUGGCUAUCACUGCCCUUCCCGCAGCGAAGUCUAAUGCCGCGUCCGCUGCGAUCACCGCUGUGACUUCCGCGACGCCUUCCGCAACUGCUAAUGCUGCUGGUACGCUGCGCGCUGGAUCUCUUGCGGGCAUUCUUGUCGCGGGGCUGGGUUUGCUGCUGUAA